GGACUUAGAAAAUUUUCCAGGAAAAUUGAACUUAGAAAAUUUUUCGAAGAGAUUGAACUUAGAAAAUUUUCAAAGAAAUUUUAAACUUAGAGAAUUUUUGCGGAUCUCCACCCUUAGGGAGUUACCGUAGUGAACCGACCAUUGUAUCACCAUUCGUUUAAUAAAUCGAAACGAACACAAGCUGUUGUCAUCUUUAUUCAUAAUACCUUCCAAUGGGUAAGAAGCGGUCCUUACGAAGAGUGGCCCAAGACUGGGCUGAACGAGGUUUGCAGUUCGACGAGUGCCCUUCCGCGCCAAUCGAGGAAGUGCAGCUACAAGUAGGAGACGAGUGGCUUUACCGACAAUAUUGUCUCAGACGAAAUAGGCCUGCCCCUUGGGACGCACCACCUCUCCCGUUGCCACUGCCACGUUUCGGUAUCGCAACCGUCAACGUCACCGUCCGUCGAGGUGAGCCUGAAGCUGUCUACGCUCCUAUCGCCGCUGCCGCCGCCCCAGCUCCAGUAGUUGAAGUUCCGGAAGUAAGAGAACCAGCACGACUUCCUCGUCCCGAAGUUUCGAACUUCGCUUCACGGGAGAACUGGUACUAUUUCGACUACGUGUCCUCAAACCGACCCAAGCCACGGGCCGUAGUCAGGCCUACCAUCAGCCAACCGCCACAGCCGUCGCUGGUCCCGACGAAGGAGUCAGCUGUCGCACCGGAAGACGUUAAAGUCCACGAGGGCGAAGGAUCGUUCAGUCCCCUUGUAGACAGUCCACCUCGAUCACCUCCAACCCCAGAGGUACGUCUGCAAGAGAAGAGCCCACCUGAAGCUGAAUUGGUAAUUGAGGAGGACGUCUUGAAUCUCGAAACGUCACCCCUCAGCGGCGGUCCUUACUCCCCUGAAGGAACGCCUGAGGCCACGCGACUGCGACCUACAUUUUCUAAGUUGCCGUUAGCGAAACGACGAAAAAUUGUCUGCGAUUUAUUAACUUUAUUUUAACAUUCACACACUCACACUUAUCACCCAAAGAUCACACAACAGUAUUUGACAGACCACUUGUAUUAUUAGUACGUAAGAAAGUAUGAAUAAAUUAUACAUUGUCUUCCUCUAAUUCACUGUGUUGUCAAUGUCUUAACGUGGAACGUGGUUGGUUUCCUCCUCGUUCUAAUAUCCCAACCCACAUUACAAUUUUACUUCACUUUUCCGAGGUUGCGAGUCUUUCUCUCUCGCGCUCCUCGUUUUCUCGUAUAGAUAGUUAGUUGUCUGUUGGUCCAGUCACUUCCACCACAAGUGACCGGUAUCAAAUUGGCGCCCA